GGCAACUUCCUCUCUCCUUCCUGUUCCAACUGCACGCGACUCUCUCUCUCUGUGAAUCUCUGCAGCAACGAUCGGCCGCUCCGUUGUCGGAAUCGGAAUCGGAAUCGAAAUUGCCGUCGGCUUCGAGGUGGUUGAGGACGAAGUCGUCGGAGAGAGUUGGUUUGUACUGAGCCCGAAGAAACCGGGGAAUCGGGAACCGCCGGUUGAGUCGAGGCCGAGAGACUCGGGGAGGUCAUGGCGUCGUCCAAGUUGAUGACCUCCACGACGUCGUCGAGGGGGAACCCGGAUCUGCCGCUCCAGUCCUCUAUAUCAUCCUCCCUCUCCGCUCUGAUCUCCGAUCUCCAGGACCACCACCACCACAACAACCACGCCAUCGCCGCCGCCGGCAACGCCGCCGAUACCUCCGGCGCCGUCACCAUGGACGACCUCCUCAAGAACAUCUACUCCGACGACGGCCCCGCCACUCCCGAUCCCGCGCUCUUCAACCACGGAGGCGGCGGCGGCGGCGGCGCGCCGCUGCCGGGCGCCGGAGCCGGGGACGCCGGCGGCAGCAAGACGGUGGACGAGGUGUGGAAGGAGAUCGUGGUGGGGAGCGAUGGGGCGAGCGGCAGGGGAGAGGAGGAGAUGACUCUGGAGGAUUUUCUGACGAAGAGCGGGGCUGUGAGGGAAGAGGACGUGAGGAUUGGUGGUGGUGGUGGUGGCGGAGGAGGGGCAGGGGGUUACUGUGGCGACGCGGCGGAUGAUCUGAACGGCCAUUUGAUUCAGGUCGGGGGGACGGUGGGUGUGGGUGGGGGCGGGGGUGUUAGCAACAACAAUGGCGGAUUUGAGGGAAGAGUGGUGGUUGGAAGAGGGAAGAGAAGGGCCGUGGAGGAGCCUGUUGAUAAGGCCACGCAACAGAAGCAGAAGAGGAUGAUCAAGAACCGAGAAUCGGCCGCUAGGUCCCGAGAACGCAAGCAGGCAUAUACAGCUGAAUUAGAAUCCUUGGUUACCCAAUUGGAGGAGGAAAAAGCACGCCUUUUGAGGGAAGAGGCUGAGCAGAGCAAAGAGCGGCUUAAACAGUUGGUGAAGAAUCUCGUUCCUGUGGUCGAAAGUCGCCGGCCCCGACGCCCUCUCAGGAGAAUCAACUCCAUGAACUGGUAGACAUGCUUUCCGAUGCUUGACCACCACUAACGGAGAGAUGAUCGAUUUACUCGAUGCGCCACAGAAAGGGACACGGAGGUCUCUCUCUCUGAGACAAGACAAUAGUGUGUGCAGAUGAUGGAGACAGGAUGAAAUUGGCCAGAGAAACAUGAUACUUACCGAUUCACAGUUAUUCAGGGACGUGGGUUGUUUCAGAAAGCUCAGGAAGUUCACACUGUAAAGAGGAGCUUUUCUGCAUAGUGCAGCCAGAUAUGUCAAUGUGAUUCUAGAUCGUUACUUUGAUUAUGAAGUAAAAACGUGGUUGUCGGUUUGACAAAGCGUAUAGCUUGUAUUCAUUAAUUGUCGCGCCA